CCAUUAAUGGUUUCUCACAUCUUCAGCUGAGUUUCCCUUCUUCUUUUCUCUCUAUUCCUUCACUCUUUCCAGUACUCCUUCUUAACCCAAAAAAACAAAAACAAAAGAAAAUAGAAAUGGAAGACAGCUCUCAGUGGUUGAAGAUGAUCUUGAUGAUUGUCGUCCUUUCGUGGCUGCAAAUUUUGGGCUUGGCUUCGGCUCACGGCAGGGCAAGAGAUGACGCGCAUCCACUGUCAAAGAUCAACAUUCAUAAAACCACGCUUGCCCUCCGAGACUCCGUUUCCAUUAAAGCCAGCCCAUCCCUUCUCGGCUCGAAGGGCGAGGACAUAGAAUGGGUGACAGUGAAUCUUGUAAACCCAGAUCCUUCCGAGGAUGAUUGGGUUGCUGUUUUUUCUCCUGCAAACUUCAACUCAUCAACCUGUAAACCAGAGAAUGAUGAAGUUGCAGAACCAUAUAUAUGCACAAGCCCGAUAAAGUACAAGUAUGCAAAUUACUCCAAUUCAGAGUAUACAAAAACAGGCAAAGCGGUUUUGAAGUUCCAGUUGAUCAAUCAGCGGGCAGAUUUCUCCUUUGCUGUUUUUUCAGGCGGUUUGUCAAAUCCUAAACUGGUGGCAGUUUCAAAUUACAUUACAUUUGCCAAUCCUAAAGCGCCUCUAUACCCACGACUUGCUAAUGGGAAAUCUUGGGAUGAAAUAACAGUAACCUGGACGAGUGGCUAUGGGAUACAUGAAGCUGUUCCAUUCGUGGAAUGGGGUCUGAAGGGAGAAACUAAAACUCGAUCCCCAGCUGGAACAUUGACAGUUGAUCAGAACAGCAUGUGUGGUUCACCUGCAAGGACAGUAGGCUGGCGUGAUCAGGGUUUUAUACACACAAGUUUCUUAAAAAAUUUGUGGCCGAACGCUGUGUACACUUACAGAAUGGGUCAUUUCUUAUCCAAUGGUUCAGGUGUCUGGAGCAAAACCUAUUCUUUCAAAUCAUCCCCAUAUCCUGGACAAGACUCACUACAACGUGUAAUAAUAUUUGGCGACAUGGGGCAGGCUGAGCGUGAUGGUUCAAAUGAGUACGGUAAUAAGAGCCCAGGUGCACUGAAUACUACCGACCAACUCAUCAAGGACUUGAAAAACUAUGACAUAGUUUUCCAUAUAGGAGAUAUGGCUUAUUCAGAUGGAUAUGUCUCUCAGUGGGACAAAUUCACGGCACAGGUGGAGCCCAUUGCAUCAACUGUCCCAUAUAUGGUUGCAAGUGGGAAUCAUGAACGUGAUUGGCCAGAUUCUGGAUCCUUCUAUCAAUUUACAGAUUCAGGUGGGGAAUGCGGUGUGCUUGCUGAGACCAUGUACUAUGUUCCUGCUGAGAACAGAGCUAAAUUCUGGUAUUCAACAGAUUAUGGCAUGUUUCACUUCUGUAUAGCUGAUAGUGAGCACGAUUGGAGGCAGGGAACAGAACAGUACAAGUUCAUUGAGCACUGCCUUGCAUCAGCUGAUAGACGGAAACAACCAUGGUUGAUCUUUGCUGCUCAUCGUGUUCUUGGAUAUUCCUCCAAUGCGUAUUACGCCGAGGAGGGCUCAUUUGAAGAGCCCAUGGGAAGGGAUGACUUGCAGAAGCUUUGGCAGAAGUACCGGGUAGACAUUGCAUUUUUCGGCCAUGUCCAUAACUAUGAAAGGACAUGCCCCAUUUACCAGAAUCAAUGUGUCAAUUCAGAGACGUCACAUUAUUCAGGCACCAUGAAUGGAACAAUUCAUGUUGUCGCUGGAGGGGGAGGUCACCACUUAUCAACUUUCAGCACAGUAACACCCGACUGGAGCAUUUUCAGAGACCUUGACUUUGGCUUCGUCAAGCUCACAGCUUUCAAUCACUCUUAUCUCCUUUUCGAGUACAAGAAAAGUAGUGAUGGAAAGGUAUAUGAUUCCUUCACCAUUUCAAGGGAAUACAAAGAUAUCUUGGCUUGUGUACAUGACAGUUGUGCACCCACCACUCUGGCUGCUUGAUCUGUAUCUUAAAGUUGUACGAGGAAAACUUAUGCCCGAUGAAAUUUGGCACUAGUAUCAGACCUUCCACUGAUGCAACUGUGUUGUUAU